AUGUUAUUUAUGUCAAAUUUGAAUUUUCAACGCUAUUAUUCAAAUAUUAUUAUACCAAAUAAACAUCGAAUUAUUUCACUUGCUCUAUCAAAUUUAUUCAUUAUUGAUAAUAUUUUAUCAUCAGCACAUUCUGUUUCAUCGUUUAGUCGACUUGAAAUACUUAUUCUUGAUAAUAUUGCAGCUAAACAUCUGGAAAAUAUUCUUAAUUAUGUAUUGUCGUUAUCUAAACUCUGUUCGUUAACUAUCCAUGCUGUUGAUUCAGUUGAAAAUUCCAAUUAUUUUUAUCGUAAAAUAUUUAAAUUACCUGUACUGAAAUAUUGUAAAGUAUCAUUUGCAACAAACUCCAACAUUGAAUCAUUAUCGAUGUCAAAUAAUGAAUACAGUCCUAUCGAAGAUCUUAUAAUCGAAAAUACAGUUAAUUUUGAUGCACUUGAUCGUUUAGUAUCAUAUGUUCCUGAACUUCGUCAUUUAGAAUUUCGUUAUUUCCCAGAUGAAAGAAAACGGCCUGAAACGGCAUAA